CGAGGCUGUCGACCAAGAUUUAAUUUUGGCGCGAUUUUAAUCGAAAUGCCACGAUACGAUACGAGACGUGCAGGCGCAUGCGUGCUGGACUGCUGGUGUGAACGCGUGUGCGCGUAAUGGCGGACGGCAGCAAAAAGUUGUUUGGCGGUUUGUCGGCAUAUCUAUCGACUUUUGGAGGGAGAGAUUUUACUGGACAUACAAACCGCAUUUUAAAUUUUUUGUUCAUUUAUUCUCUUGCAACUAAUUGGAAUUUUUGUGGCAAACGAGGUGAGAAAAAGGCUUUUAAAAACUUAAACGUAAAGGAUGUGAUUAUUGGUGCUGUAAGAAAAAGCUCCCCUCUAGUCAGUCAGAAAGAAAUAGAAGAUACCAUCAAGGUGUGGUUGAAACAUGCACCAGAGAAAUUGAAAAAGCAGCAGCAUGGCAACCCGUAAGAAAAAAAGUGUUGUUAGUCAAAGACAACUCUACAGAAGGGUGGCAGAAGCAAAUUUAGCACCUGUGAGUCAGAAUUGUUAUAAUACAUCUUUAAUAGUUAAUAAUGAUUCCAAUGAAUCAUCAAAUUCCGUUUUUUUUUGCUGGUUCAAUGUGUGAAAGUGAAAAUGACACCUGUUCCUCAAGAGAUUUAGAUUUUAAUGUAAACUCGCCUAAUGAAAAUUUGCUCUUCAAUGAUGCGACGUUAUACAACCAUUUGACUUCCUAUUCCAGUAACGUGCCCCCUAACGAUUUAUUUUCUAAUGAACCGCCGCCUAGCGAUUUGCAUUCGAAAUUGUCAAACUGGGCAGCUUCAAGGUACGUUCGACGUACAGUAGUUACUCAUCUCUUGCAUUAUCUCCACCAUUUAAAAUCGUUAGUUCAGUCUCCGAAUAAACCGUUACAACAGAUUAAUAGACGCUUAAAAGAAAUUGAAAUGACAGUGUACGAAAAACAUGACUCUACUUCACCUGAUGAUGAACACUUCUGUAAAUGUGAAUUGUCCCAUUUCUUAGGACCAACGCCAAAUUUCUCUUGCAAGCAGUAUAAAAAGCUUCAUUAUAAAGAUUUUAUUUUUUCUAUUGCAUCAUAUUCAGAAGCAAAUUGUUUUUGUCUUACCUUAGAAGGACUGGUUUUCAAAAUAGAAAAUGUAGUGGAUAAUAAUGGAGCAGUUUUUAUAUUAGGUAGGAGGUUUCAGGAUUACCGUUCAUUUUACAAAUACCCUGUCGACUCAAAAGAAUUUAUCCAAAAUUUAUCAGAGUAUAUCGAGUUAUUGCACUGCCACAAAGUUUUUUCGAAAUGUAUUGUUUUUCCUUUCAAGCAGGAAUGGUUGUCAUUUUCAUUAUUGCAUCAUUAGUAAUUCCUUAUUUCAACUUUUAUGUUCUAUAAGUGUAAUAGUAUGUAGUUUUUUAAGAUUUUGUAAUAAACUGGUAUUAAUUUGAA